UUCAUACUGACACCCACGCAUAUCAGCUAAAUCAAAAUGCCCUCUCCCAGACUUUGUAGCCUGUUACUGAGAAGAAGGGAUUCUGUUAGAAACUUUGCUCUAAUUUCGCUACAGUCUAGCUGUGGGUCUUAUUCUACAGCUACAAGCAGGACUUCUAUUGAUGGUACCACUUCUCUCUCACAGGAAGGGGCAAGGAGAUUGGUCAGUGUUUUGAGUGAGAAAGAGCGUCUCUAUCUCUCACAAGCUCUUUCUGAUACUACAAGCUUCCCAGAAGAUGAGAAAGUUCAGAGACCAACAAACAGACAACUUCAAUUAGUUUUAACCGAAGCUGCUUUACCAUUUGUGGGUUUUGGUUUUCUUGACAAUGCAGUGAUGAUAAUAGCAGGUGAAUACAUUGAUAUUACUAUUGGAGUUGCACUUGGCAUUUCAACUAUGGCUGCAGCUGCACUGGGAAAUUUAAUAUCUGAUCUAUGUGGACUAGGGUUAGCUGAUUCUGUUGAGGCAUUGUGCCGUAGACUUGGUCUACCAAAUCCAAAACUGACAACUCCACAAUUGAGACACAAUUCCGUGAGAUGGAUGCAAAGAAUUGGGCGUGUUAUUGGUGUUACAAUUGGUUGCUUAUUGGGUAUGUGUCCUCUCUAUUGGUUUGACCAGCAGUCACACACUGCAGAUACAGGAUCUUCUAAAGAUGGACACAGUUUAGCUUAAAUCACAACUUUUUAGUUCAUUUGUAUCAUUUGCAGCUAUUUAUCUUAAUUUUUCUUUUUGUUAAUUUCUCUUGCUAUCUUCUCUAUCUCACUUUUUUUCUAUUCAUAUCUUACCUUUAAAUUAUUACUACAAGCAAUAACAACAA